UUGUCUAACAUGGAUAGGAGUACUAUAUUGCAGUGAGGACGGUGGUGAGUGCCAACUAAACAGAAAGUUCGAGUAAUCCAAUGUAUGUAUUAUUGCUUGAAAUACACAUAACAGACCUAGGUAUGGUAGGAGGUGGAGUCCAAUUGAAGUAUAUUUGAUUUGGUCUUAGAAUAACUUAACUAACCACAAUGAAAAUGAAAUAAACUUUUUCUCCCCUCAACAUACAAUAAUUUUUUAUAUAACUAGACACCAUACUACACGAUAAAUAAUAUAUAGAUCAAUAGAGUAUAUAUGCAUGGGAUGUGGACCAAAUGGCCAACCAGCUAAGGUAUGGUUUGGUUGGUGUGAACACUAAACUUAGACUCUAAGCCAAAACCACACACCUUAUAUAUCUGUUGUUUAACCCCUUUAUGCCCACCUUCCAAUCACCAUAAAUCUCUCUCUCUCCCUCAGCUUCAUCAUAUCAUUUGGCAAAUAUACUAUAUACAACCAUUAUUAUAUAUAUCUUGAAGAAACUAAAGAAUGAGAGAUAGAAUGGAAAGAUUUGCACUUCUUCCCUUUUCUAUGGGUUGUGUCUCUGAGUCAAGUGUUGCGGUUGCUCGUCCUCUUCAUCUCACCAAUACGCCACCAAAUAAUCCCCUACACACACCAAAGCAAAAGUGGAGAGAGGAAGGGGAAGAAGAAGAAGAAGAGGAAGAGCGGGAAGAGGGUGAUGAGAAAACUCGUCAUCCUAAAUUGCGAAGAAUCUUGAAAAAUUUCAAGAACUUGUCUCAAUUAUUCUUGUACAAGGAGGAUGGGGAUGAGGUGGGAGAAGAAGAGAGUAGAAUGAUGGAGAUUGGACAUCCAACAGAUGUUAAACAUGUAACUCACAUUGGCAUGGAUGGGGCGUCCACUUCAAUCCUCUCCCAGAGCUGGACCCCAUCAUGCAGGAUAAUGAUGGACAUGCAUCAUCAUCAUCAUCAUCAUGACAUCUUCUUCAGCACUACAACUUCACCCUCUCCGACCACGGCGGCCACAACUCCGGCGACGAACCCACCGUCGCCGGCAUCUAUUGCAAUGGCAGUGCAUCACCAGCCAGCUGACGUAUAAUAUAUACAUACAUGUUGAUCUGCCUUGCCAAAAUAUGUAUAAGAUAAUUAAUUAACAAAAAAGGCCACCAUUGGAUCAGAUCCCCCCUCCCAAUGUAGAUUGCUUGUUUUGUCUGUGGUGGUUCACGGUUCACAUAUAUAACUCUGCAAUUCUCCAUGUCUGUACAGUGUAGCUAGGUACAUAUAUGAAGUAACAAUAAUCAGUGAUGUAAUAUAAUUACUUGUCAUGCAACUUUUA